UUUCCAGGGAAAGGCUGAUUAUUAUCCGUUUUCUUACUGUUGAAAGUUAAAACAAAAGGGUUAAAACUCAGCGCGUUUUACGCUCAUAAAGACGCUUUUGCCCCUAUCUCUAUCACAAUCCGAUUCCAUCCAAGCUACAUUGUUCCAUUGAUAUCGUAGGUUUCUUUGUGAAUCUUCUUCUUGGGAAUUCUUUCUCCAAUCAUGUCGGUCACUUUGGAUCAUAUGGAUCUCAGUCUUGGAGCAGUACCACGUACAAAUGCUACAACGAACUGGAUGAUCAAUGUUUCGGAUAUCAGAACAGUUAAGGUCAGUAAUAUCUCACCAUCUGCUUCAGAGAGGGAUAUCAAAGAAUUCUUUUGUUUCUCUGGUGACAUUCAGUAUGUUGAAAUGCGAAGGGAGACUGGAAAUGCUCAAGUCGCUUAUGUUACCUUCAAAGAGUCGCAAGGAGCGGAUACAGCAAUGCUGUUGACUGGAGCUACAAUAAUUGACUUUUCAGUCAAUAUCUCACCGGCUGAGGAUUAUGAGCUACCCCCCGGAGCUCUCCAGUCUAACGUGGAGAAAAAGCCAGAUGCUACGGAUUCUAAUGUGAAUAAGGCUGAAGAUAUGAUGAGCACGAUGCUGGCCAAAGGUUUUAUCUUGGGAAAGGAUGCUAUCAGCAGGGCAAAGGCAUUUGAUGAACGGCAUCACUUGAUUGCAAAUGCCUCUGCUGCAGUCACUUCAAUUGAUGAGAAAAUGGGUCUGCGUGAAAAGUUUAGCAUCGGGACAACCGUUGUAAAUGAAAAGAUGCGAGAGAUGGACGAGCGGUUCCAAGUGUCCAAAAUGACGAAAUCUGCAUUGGCUGUUGCAGAGCUUAAGGCAAGUAGUGCAGGAACAGCCAUCAUGAGCAACCCUUAUGUAUCCACAGGAGCUUCGUGGCUUUCAAAUGCAUUCAGUGUAGUUGCGAGGGCAGCAGAGGACGUGAGCAUGUUGGCAAGGGAGAAGGUCGAAAAGGCUGAGGCAGAAAAAAAGGACAUUAUUUACAAGGAGAGAACAGGGAUCAUCAAUGACUUUGCUCAUCUCCAUCUCGAUGAAACUUCAUCACCAAGCCUAUGAUAGUUCCGACUUGUUGAUUCAACCGAUAGCAAACUAAAAAAAAAAUCACAUUCGCUUCGGCUACAAUCACUUACAACUUAUGACUCCUUCAACUAUCCUAAUCUUAUUAUUCCGGUGAGGUUGAGGUGGCAGUGGAGGCAAAUUUAGUAACCUGUAAACGGUGGUUUGAUAAGGCUUUGCUGACGUCUUGUAACCCACCUUUCCAUGUGAUGGUGGAGGAACUAGGGUAAUAGCAAAUGAUGUUGGGAUUCCUUUCUUUUGCCACUAUGCUACCUUAUAUACUGUACCAACCAGUCCAAGCUCUGUUUAGUCAACAUUAUCAGUAAAUCUUAAUGUAGUGAAAUCAGUGAUAAAUAUGAAGCAGAGCAGCAACAUUUUUAGGCAUUAUAACGAUGUAAUAGAAGAUUAUCUUUAUAGCAAUACUAUUCCAUUGUGUA